UCUUCUGUUAUGUAAUUUCCAGAUAUGCAAAAAAUUAAAUAAAACCAGCUUAGUUUGAAAGUCGCGCUAAAUUUUGUUGUUUCUUUAUAUUUUAUUCUUGCAUAAACAAAACAAAACCUUGAAAAUCCUGCUUCUGCGCAGAGUUUCGUCAAUGUUUGGGUAGUUAAGUUUCGUAAACAUACAAAAUGGCGUCAGCUGAUCGAUGAGUUGAAGUUUAUAAGGAAUCCUGGAGGUCGAUGAGCAUUAAUGAAAUUAUAAAACAUUGCUUAUUACUAUUUCUCAGCAUUUUUACAAGUUAAAAGACGAAUUAUAGAUAUAAUUUUUCAUAAUUCGAAUAUUCACCUGAUCAAAAAGUUCAAUGUCUUCUCCUUUGUGUUUCACAUUUGCUGUUAUUCAUAGUUACUAAGGAACAGCAGCUAUGAUAAUUCGAACAGUGGUUUUGAAAUUUGCGUAUCUUAAAUUGAAUUCGGGAAGAUCCCUGUCUGACUAAAUGUAAUUAAAAGGAAGUGUGCUUGGUUAUUUAAUUUAUAAAAGUAUUUUACCUCAACUGUCAAGAUGUUGUACGUUUUCAUUGUAAGCUCUGGAAGAAUGAUGCAGUUUGAGAUGAGUCUUGCAGUAAAAAAAGUACUUGAGUUAAAAAAUGAGAUAGCAAGACGUGCAAAAAUUCCUCAAGAAAAACAAGUUCUACUGUGCAGUGGAGGGGAAGAACUAAUGCCGGAUAAUAUUGUCGGACAUUAUAAAGGUGCUGGGACUGACACCAAUCCCAUAUUCUUAUUCAGCAAGUGUGUGACUGAAAUGGAACCAUAUUCAUCCCAUUUAAAUACAUCUGCUGAGUCGAGCAUAGAAAGUGAUGUGAAUGAUUGUGCAAAUAUGCAGCCCACUAUUGCAACUGCUACAGUUAGUAUAGCAUUAGCGCAGCGUUUUGCUGAAUCGGCUAGUAAAGGAAGAGAAGAAUGCGAGGAAUUAGUUCACAGUCAGCAUCUUCAACAACAAGGCUGGGCAGCAGUCAUAGCAAACUUAGAAGACGUUAAAGAAAUAUUAGAGAAGCGGAAAGAAAAAUUUGAAAUUCUGUAUCAGAAUUAUAUGACUAAUCGGUCCUCUUUUUUGGAAACAAUUUAUAUGUUCCCUUCUAAUAUUGAAUUACUUGCUAAAAUUCCUUUGAUUUCUAAAUUAAUUAUUGAUAAUACAGAUGAAGAUUUAAUUACAAACCAUACCUUGCUAUCAUGGUUUGUUACUGAGCCUAGAGAGGUUUUAGAAGCUUUAGUUGACAAAUGUCAUCAUUUACUUGAAGAGUACAAUGAGCAUACGAUUAUUGGUAUUAAUGAAGAGUUUGAACGAGUUUUAAAAAAUGUAGAUAAUCCUGAUAUUAAAGAAAUCAAGGGCAUUGGUGAAAGAUUAACUCGUCUUAAUGCACAGAUCCAAGAUGCUAGGAAACUGGAGAAAGAUCAAAUAGAUCUAGCUUUGAAGUUUAAAAAGUUUCAUGCUAUGAUUGCGAAUGACCAUCAAAUCUUGCCUGAUUUGUGUAAAACUCUCCAUGGUCAGCUGGAGAUAAUGCUGGAAAAUCAUAAGUGCCUUAGAGAAAUUUUAAAUAGAUGCACAAAUGCUAAAUUGGAAUUGUCUGGUCACAUAAAUUUCCGAUUAAAAUACAUUGGCACCUAUGAAGAUGAAAUGUAUCGACUACAUACAAGAGUGACCCUUCUAGAAAAUCAUAUUCAAUCUGUAAUGAGUCAAGUAGAAAGUUUCCGUCAGGUACAGAUUGCCCCUGAGCGUUAUCUUAAGAUGUUGGCUGAAGUUUGUAGAAGAAAAACCUUUUCAGCUAGUUUUAUGAAGUGGGCAGAGGAUCUAUCUUCACAAGCUUCCAAAGUGUAUCACAAAGAAAUAGAUAUACGGAAAAGUUUUAGUAGUAGUGAGACUAAAAAUAUGGUUGAUAAUUUGUUUCCUGGAAUGAGUGAUGUUCCUCCUAAAUUUGCUGUUGAGUGCCCUUCACCAUUUGACCAAAACUUGCCUAAUAUUGGUAAGGAAGAUCUAGAGUGGCUGAAAAUAAAUUUACCAGAGCUUUCUCACUUCUGUGAAGUGAUUCCUGUCGAUCCCAUGCCAUACGUCUCUCAAACUGAAUCAGACUCUGCUUUCAGUAGCAAUGUACCUUUCUCCCGUGUUGCCAGUGACUCCGCAGGUGUUUCAGAGAAGGUUCACGAUACGAAAGAACUGCCCAUCGACAAACUCGCUGUUCCUUCUGGAGAUUUCAGUAGUCUUCCUAGUGAGUAUGCCAGCCUACCCAACGAAGUUUUCAGCCUUACUUCGAGUCCUUUCGAAGAUCCCAUGCUACCGUCUCACAUGCAAGAGCAACGCACAAAGCAACUGCAAGUUUCGUUAAAAGGUCCAUAUGGGGAUCAAACUAAUAUUGCUGAUUCUGAUGGUGAGGAAUUUGAAACUGUUGAUCACUACAGAAUGUCCCCUGUGGCAGCUACCUCUCAGUCUGCUUAUGGUUUGAGGGCCCGUCCACCAAGUUCAUCAGAUGUGAUAGAUGUAAAUACUCAUCCAAAGCAUAGUCCCAGAGUGGUCAAAGCACGCAGUGAUGGAGACGCCGUAUCUCCCAUGCAGGAGCGGUUAAAGUCUCCAGACUCUUUAGCAAUAUCAACAGACUUUCAGGCUGCUGAGUAUUACAUUGAUGAUUCUAUGCCGUCCUCCUAUACAGAAAGCAAUGCAACAUCACCUCUUAUGCGAGGUAAUAGGAUGGUGAAAUCACAUCAUGUAGUUGUAGCGGAACUGCAACGACAGGUGGAUGAAAAAAGUGGUGCUUUAGUGGUAACUAAGAGUUCACUGGAGAAUACCCACUCCAAUAUACUGAAGCUGCAUGCCAAACUAUCUGCAUUACAGAAAUUCAUUCAGGAGCUUCAUGGCAGUUUUCGGAGUGAUUUCUCUAAUUUCAAGGCCUCUGUGACGGAAGAUUUGUGCGAUAAAAUGGCUGAGGUUUCUCAAGUUGUUGAUCAUAUUAAUACCUAUAUUGGGAAAGUUGAACAGCAGAUGAUCUCAGAUAAGGACACUGCAAUAUCUGAAAUGAAGCAAGAGUUUUCCUCAAUUGAAAGCUCAUACUUAAGAAAACUUGAAGUUGAAAAUCAGAAGCUGAGUGAUGCUGAAAAUCAAAUAGUUUAUUAUGAAGAUCAUUUAAAAGGCUUACGUCACAGUUACGAGGAAACAAAACAUGAAAAAGAAAUGCUUGAGUCUGAACUUCAGGAAAAGAAAGAGCUAAUUCAACGCAUGAUGUUAGAACAUGAAGUUGAGUUUGAUUCUUUCAAAAAUUCUGUAAAAGAACAACUCCAAAGUCAGGAAUUGGAAAUAAAUCAAUUGAAACAGAGUCUUUCUCAGGCCAUUUUGGAAGUGACUAAACUGGAAGGUGAAAAGACUGUUAUUGAGAAAGAAUCACAAGAACGUCAUAAUAUCGUAUCAUCUAUGCAAGAUCAACAUGAUAAAUUGAAAGAAGAAUUUCACAGGUUGCAAGUAGAAAACCGCAGUGUAAAAAGUCUGCAGGAAUUUGAAAAGAAACUAGAUGAUGCUCUUAAAGAAAAAAAUAUUUAUAUACAGGAGCUGGAAAAUGCUAAAGAGGAGCUACAAAAAUGUAAAGAUGAGAUGGAGAAGAUGAAAACAAAUGAAUUGAAGGAUUUAGAGGAGAAAUUGAGCGUCAAACAUAAAAAUGAUUUAGACUCUCUCAGGUCUCGCUUUAAAUUAGCAGUUAGCAUGACCUCUCUGGAAAAACUUCCGUCUUCAAGUUCUCCUGAUUUUGGUGAUACAGAGUCUCUUGAAUGCUUAGAGGAAUUACAAAAAAUCAUAGCUGAAAGUCGAGAAAAAUGGGAAUCUGUUAAAUUAAACAUAGCCAAAGAGGAACACGCCAAAGAACUUAAUGCCUUGAAAGAAUCUUUUGAAGAGUCUCAACUUAAACAUGAAGAAGAGAAGGUGCAGAUUAUUGCUGCAAUGCGAUCAAAACACGAGAAUGCUUUAGAAAAACUCAAAUCACGUAUAACUGCAGAAAACCAGGUAUCAUUUAAUGAAGCAAUUAACAGUUUAGCCAAGGAGAAGGAUGCAAUUAUUGAAAAUUUGCGCUCCUCUAUAUCAGUAUUGGAAGCUAAACAAAUUGCGCUCAAAACUUAUUUAGAUCAGUUCCGACCUUCGUUGUCUCCUAUAAUUGGUGAAGAUGUUAUAACUCAAAGUGAAACUGGAGCCACAAGUGCUUGUGCAAGAAGUGCAGAUGAACUCUUUUAUUUUAAUAAAUUCAAAACCGAUGUUGAAGCCUUAUUACAACUGACUGAUACAACGAAAAAACCAUAUCAACAAACACGCAGCUCUUCUGAUUCCUAUGAGAGCUUAAGAAAGAAACUUAAAAUAAAAGAAGAAGAAUAUAGUGGCCUUUUAUCAAAAUUUAUGAGUUCAAGUGCCAGCAUUAGUAGAACACCUUGUGUCCAUUGUUCCAAUAAGCUAUCCAUUUUAACAUGUGAACCUGGAGAAACUGUACUUGUGUGCUAUGAAGAUAAGCUAGAGCAUUACAUUAUAUUUCACUUGGGGAACUAUCUUCAUUUUCUUCAUUCAGAUAGCAUUGCUUCUUUGGAUCUAAAGAGUCCGGGAGAGUCACAGAGAUGGAUAAUAGGAACAGUAACUCAUAAAGAAUUUUGUGUUACUAAAAAGGUUAACAACAGGUUCAAACUUACACUCGGAACUAAAUUUUACCGUGUGAAGAUCGAAAAAUGGAGUUGUGGGGUUGCUGCCACUCGUACUACGGCAGCUGCUUUACAACGUAGUAUUCAAAUUUCAUCCACUGAGCAACAACCACAAACUGCUUCAGCCAUUCGAAAUUCAGAGCAAACUGCAACACAGACACAACCAGCUUGUAUAGCUCAAACUGUAGAUAGCACAGAACUUACUCCUUCAACUUCCUUUAUCCAAGCAUCCAUUUCUGAGCAACAGCUAUCUUCCCAGUCCAUUAUAGAGGUGCAAAAUAUUCAACCUACUUCUUCUGGAGUUAGUCAAAUGUCAAGUUCAGAUAUAUGAUAUAAUACAGUUUGGCAAAAAUGCCAAAUGUAUUGUAGCAACGUAGAAGAUUACUCAAAAAGGAUGUACAAAUCAAAAUUUGCUAAGCAAAUUGUAUAUGUUUGGUUGUUUCUUUACGUUUAUUCAUAACACUACACUUUUUUUUUAUUUUUAUAAGUUUUGUCUAAAAAGUCUAGUAUCAUUGUUUUUUAUUUUAAUUAAAACAUAAUAAUUAAAAUAAUGAAUUAAUUUAUUUUUAUUUGGGUUGUUUUAAUGAGUGUAAAAAUGGUUUAGGUAUAUUAAUGAUUUUAAAAAAUAAAAAGUUACUGAAAUAAUUAGAAAUAAAGAAAUUUUAUGAAACCUUUUUAAACUGUUCAUGUAUGGUGUCAUUAGGUUUUUAAUUUAAAUACAACACAAAACUUUAAUAAUUUAUUACAAAUAUGAUACCUUAUUAUCUGACUGAACAUUUUCUGAACCUAAAGAUGUUCUUCAACUAGUUCAGUUUCUUCCUGGAAAACUUGUUUUCUUUUUUGUUGUUUUUUGAGAAGGUUAUGUGUUGAGUAUAAAUUUCUGUAAAAAUUUGUUUAAAAGUAAAAUGCUUGGUUGGUUACUUUAAUGAAAGGAGCAUAUAACUUUAAUUGAGAAACCUGUAAUGUUUUUAUUGUAAAAAGUUGUUUUAUCUUUUGCAAUGUGAUAAUGUGUAUGGUUUUGUGUUAAUUUAUUUUGUUUUCUAACAUUUGUAAGCAAUGUUAGUCUUUUUUU